UUUCAAAAAUUUCCAGGAAAAAUGCUGUUAAAUAUCGUUAACAAUUAACAUCAUCAUCUUCAAACAAACUCAAAAUUCCACCCAUUUUUUCCCUCCUUUAUAUCUGUCUUAUUUUCUCUCUCCUCCGAAAUCUUCGCCAUUUUUUCUUCAAAUUCCUUUCUCUCUCCUAGGGUUUUCAUUUUUCAAUUCACAGAGAGAGAGGGAGAACAGAGGGAGAAAGGAGAGAGGUUUUCCGCGCUUCGAUGAAGGUGUAAAAUUGCUAUUAUUAUUGAAUUCAUGUCCAUUAAUUGAGGUUUCAAUUUGAGUGUUGAUUGAAGAAGAUUAGAGAUUGAAAUGGGUUUGAAAAUAGGUGAUGUUGAAGAAAAAGCUUGCGUGUUCGAGGAAUCGUUUGAGAUUGAUUUUGAUUAUGAGUUCAAUGUUGCCAAAUUCUUUGAUUUUACACAGCUUGAGACGCCUGAGGAGAUUGCGGAAUCCGAGCUGUGGUUUGAUUUAGCUCAAGGCUAUCCUCCUUCUCCUUUGAUUGUCAAGUUGGAUAUGGAAGCGGAUGAUUUUACAGACAGUGUAAGUUCUUCCCCAAGGUGUGGAACUCUGAGCGUAUCUUCCAUCAACGAUGACAGUGGAGGAUCUGAAGUUUCCUUAAUUGAUAAAGGGGAAAAAGGAUCACAGAUGCUGAAGUUGAAGUCCACAUCCCAGCCAAAUUAUCAAGUGAGCUCAAGAUUAUUACAACCUACAGCAAGCCUUUUGGCCAAGAAAAAUCAAUACAUAGAUGUUUAUUCGACAAGAAAUUCCAGAAGGCUUCAGAAGCUUGGAAACCCAAUCACGUCUCCUGGAGAAACUGAAGCUACCAAAAGGCAAAAGUUGGAGAUUGGUUACCUGCGCAAGGUUGCUCAUCUUAAACAUCAAACAAGUUUUUCGCACAAGUCAUCCAAAAAGGCUGAAACCACUGUUGUGAACUCAACUAAUACAAAGCCAAAAGUCACUGUUCCAAAAGAACCAGACUUGGCAACGACACAUAGAGCACUGAGACAAAGGUCCAAGAAUACACCCCAACUGGACAAUGAUGUAAAAUAUAACAGUUCCACCCUUAGAGAGAGACCCUCAGAUAAAAAGAUUCAGGAGAGUCAAUCUUUUAAGAAUAAAAGCACACCACCCUUGCCACAGUUUCAGGAAAGUAAUGUACGUGGUGGAAAGGUUAAUAAUGGUAGUGCAAUGCUCGACUAUAAAAGGACAAACUCCAGUAAAACUUUGGUGAGACAGAAAUCUGAUGUACUCGAUAACUUUAGAGCUCAUCCAUUAAACAAAAAGAUCUUAUCAAGUAAAGGUGAUAUUGGUGUUUUUCAAAAUUUUAAGAGGGAAAACACAGUCCCUAAGGAAUUCAAGCUUUCCAGCAGUAAGAAAUUUUCCCAGAAUCCACCAACUGAAUUAUUCAGUAAGCUAUCUCUGAUUCCUGGAAAUCAUUCUUCAUCACUGCUUGAAGAACACACUCUCCAAGUAAAGGUAUGUGCCUUGUUAGCAUGGGAAAUUUAUUUCUCAAUUAUAUUCUACUACCUGUUAAACACCAUUACUUGCAUACUUAGAUUCAUUGAGAAUACCUCGAGUGUGCUUAUUUAUUCCCUUUUUUUUUUUCUUAUUAACAAUGAGGGUUCUGAAGAAAAAUGUAUCAUUACCCAGCAUGAAGGAAAACAAGAAUGCAAAUGCAGCCAUUGGGAAAUCGAUGAGCUGUUUUGGAAACGGGAGGCGGAUGAUCACAGACAUUAAAUACCAUCUCAGUAAUUCCAGGACCUUCACAAUUAGCUAAGAAUAUAUCAUCACUGUUUAUAUAUGCUGGUCAUAUCCCACUGGAACAAGGAAUAUCGUUGUAAUUGUGUAUACAUGGCCUGUCUGUGCUGUCGUACGAGUUCCUUGCUUACCACCAACGUGCUCAGCAUCAAAAGACUGCUUUAGGUGGUCGCGCUCUCAGCUAGCAGUCAAUCGGUAAAUAUUGUAAAUGGCAUGAAAGCAGGAAUUAACUUGAAAUCAGUUUUGUAGAAUCCACCCUUCACCAUUUCCUGUUGUACAUAACAUUUCACUGAGGGUGUAUCAAAUAUAAUUGAUGCACACCACUCAGUGAAAUUAAGUAGAGUAAUUUCUUUUCAUUUUAAAUGUAGAUAACCCCAAGAAAUUAAAGUAAGUUUUACAUUGCCAUACUCUGUUACAAAAAUUUAUGGGAAAGGAAUCUCAUGUACAACUCAAGUUGUCGUAAUCGAAUUGUUACUUAAUAUCA